GUUGACGGACUUAUCACUACGUAAUAAUCAUAUAGGAGAGGAAGGAGCUCGUCUGAUUGGCUCGGCUCUGUCCACUGUACACUCUGCCAACAAAAACCUCCUGUCCCUCAACCUAGCCUUUAAUAGUAUUGGUGAUGCAGGUGCAAUUCACAUUUCUCAGGGUCUGCGUCUCAACCGUUCAUUGCUGUGUCUGUCAUUAUCCUACAAUCAAAUAGGGGAUAAUGGAGCAGCUCAUUUGGCUGAGGUGCUUGGCCCCUUUGCUCUGACACAUGAGGAGAUAGUUGAAAGGAGGAAGCUGUUAAUUAAAGGUGAAGAAUCAACAAUGAAGAGGAGGGGACUGGAAAUCAACUCAACUUUCUUUUCUGAUAAUGCAGGAAAUAAAUUGUCUGAGCAGUCACUCAAGGUGUUCCUCUCAUCUCUGGAAGGCCAGGGUGAAGGUGGACUUCUGCGUCUUUCUCUCAAUAGGAAUCAGUUUCCCUCAGAUUGUGACACCUUCCUGAAGAUACAAGAAAUGAUGUCCCUCAGGGACCCUCUUAAGAAAAACCUCUCUGGUCAGGUGGAGGAUGAACACGGUGAACCCAAGACCACCAAUGAAGCCUAACAGAAUGACAAGAAGGGUUUAAUAUUUGCAAUUUAUAUGAAAGAUUAAUAUAUGCAUUUACUGCCUCAA